CUUCCUAAAACAACCUCUUGGAGGCCUUGGAGUAUAAUUUAAUCUUCCUUUGAUGACUCUAGAUCUCACCCUGCCUCAGGCCACUCGGAGAACAUCAAUAAUUGCUGAGUCCAGGUGGAGACAGCUUAUGCCUUAUAUAAGGCCCCCGGGGGAGACACAAACAGCCUGUCAGAGCUGAGCUGCCCCACCACAGCAGCUGCCGGACCCUAGGACAGAGCACGGGCCACCACCACAUCCACCUCCAGCCCCACUGGAUCCAGCCCCAGCCACCAGUUUUGGUUCAUCUUGCCUGGUGCCAUGACCUUCUCGGAGAUUCUGGAUCGUGUUGGAAGCAUGGGUCCCUCCCAGUACCUGCUUGUGACCUUGCUGGCCCUCCCAGUCCUCGGAAUAGCCAACCACAACUUGCUACAGAUCUUCACAGCCACCACCCCUGCCCACUACUGUCGCCCACCUCCCAACGCCUCCAUGGGACCCUGGGUGCUCCCUUUGGGUCCAAAUGGGAAGCCUGAGAAGUGUCUCCGUUUCGUGCACCUGCCCAAUGGCAGUCUUCCCAAUGACACCCAGGGGGCCACCGAGCCAUGCCUGAAUGGCUGGAUCUACAACAGCACCAGAGACACCAUUGUGACAGAGUGGGACUUGGUAUGCAGCUCCAACAAACUGAAGGAGAUGGCCCAGUCGAUCUUCAUGGCAGGCAUACUGAUUGGCGGGCCCGUGUUUGGAGAACUGUCAGACAGGUUUGGCCGCAAGCCCAUCCUGACCUGGAGCUACCUAAUGCUGGCAGUCAGUGGCUCAGGCGCUGCCUUCAGCCCCAGCCUCCCCAUCUAUACAAUCUUCCGAUUCCUGUGCGGCUGCAGCAUCUCGGGCAUUUCUCUGAGCACCGUUAUCUUGAAUGUGGAAUGGGUACCCACCUCAGUGCGGGCCAUCUCAUCAACAUCAAUUGGGUACUGCUACACCAUUGGCCAGUUCGUUCUGUCCGGCCUGGCCUAUGUCAUUCCUCAGUGGCGCUGGCUACAGUUAGCUGUGUCUGUUCCCUUCUUCAUCUUCUCCCUGUUAUCCUGGUGGGUACCAGAGUCCAUUCGCUGGCUGGUUCUAUCUGGAAAGUUCUCAAAGGCCCUGAAGACACUCCAACGGGUGGCUACCUUCAAUGGCAAGAAGGAGGAGGGGAGAAAGCUCACCAUAGAGGAGCUGAAGUUCAGCCUGCAGAAGGACAUCGCCGCAACCAAGGUCAAAUACGGCUUAUCUGACUUGUUCCGGGUAUCCAUCCUGCGCCGUGUGACCUUUUGUCUCUCCCUGACCUGGUUUUCUACUGGUUUUGCCUACUACAGUUUGGCUAUGGGGGUAGAAGAAUUUGGAGUCAACAUCUACAUACUCCAGCUCAUCUUUGGUGCGGUUGACAUCCCAGCCAAGUUCAUCACAAUCCUCUCCAUAAGUUAUCUGGGCCGGCGCAUCACCCAGGGCUUCCUCCUGCUCCUGGCUGGAGGGGCCAUCUUGGCACUCAUUUUUGUGUCUCCAGAAAUGACGCUCAUGAGGACAGCACUGGCUGUAUUUGGGAAAGGAUGCCUGUCUGGCUCCUUCAGCUGCCUCUUCCUCUACACAAGUGAACUCUACCCCACAGUCCUCAGGCAAACAGGUAUGGGUAUUAGUAACGUGUGGGCUCGAGUGGGAAGUAUGAUAGCCCCGCUGGUGAAAAUCACGGGUGAGGUCCAGCCCUACAUCCCUAAUGUCAUCUUUGGGACCACGGCUCUCCUGGGAGGCAGCGCUGCCUUCUUCCUGCUUGAGACCCUCAACCGGCCCUUGCCAGAGACUAUUGAGGACAUACAAAACUGGCACAAGCAUGCCAAGAAAACAAAGCAGGAAUCCGAAGCAGAAAAGGCAUCCCAGACCAUUCCUCUGAAGACUGGUGGAUCAGACCCCAGCUGAGAACAACAGAAUCUGCUUGUCUGCCCUCCAGAGACUGAUCCCAAGCAGGACCCUUCCAGGGCUCCUCAAGCACCUUGGGGACGCGGGGAGACCCUGGGUAGGCCCAUGCUCUUAGAGCAAAGACUUCUGAGAGUUCAGAAAAGGUAUCCUCACCUCACCACCUCCACCAUGGCCCACAACCCAGACCUCACCUGUUCAAAGCUCUGGCCACAAGGCUUCCAAUACUCACCUCCACACUCAUCCUCCCUGCAACCCAGGCCCUGUCAUUCUUUUAUCUACCCUCUCUGUAGUGGCCACUUUCCUCCAUUGUCCCAUCUUCACCUCCAUUUCCCUUGAGAUUUCCUAGCAGUUCUUUCCUUCCCCAAAUUCUUUCCUUAGUGGAAAAUUUCAA